UUUCGGCAUAACAUAAGCUCGGACUUCCGUAAAAAAAAAUUAUAUUCUUAUAAUUCAUUUAAUUCCAGUUCAGUCGUGUGAAAAUAAUUGGAUUUAAAAUGUUUCGAAAUCUUUGCAUGCUUCGCAGAAGCAUCCUCAUGUCCAGAACUGUUUGUGCGACUUAUAAUUGCCCAAUUAGAGCCAAUUUUUUCAAUAAUGCAAAGUCUCUAUCGAAAAGCGUAGAUUCGCCCAACGGAAGUGACAUUUCGGUUUCGGACAUAAAUAUAUGCGACAUGGCCAGGGGAGAUGUGGAAUUUGCUCGUAAUUUUCUAACCUCGGUGCCGACACUCAACGGCGCCAUGUCAGCCGUAUCAAUUGCAACAAAUUCAUUUAGCUCGGAACCGGCUGUCGGUACGGAUUCGAAAAUACAACCAGAAGUCGAUUCAGGAUCUGGCGAUGCUAGCAUCGGCAGCUCUGAGACUACUAUUCUGGACAAGGACGGAAUGCCGAUUGUGCCCAUAGAGAUCGACGGUUGGAACAACGCUGCCGAUGACGAGGAAGGACCAACUGUUCAAAAUGCCUCGCAUUUGGAAAUUGGCAACGACAACGAAUACAAAACUGAAAACUUGCUGGUGGUGCCCGAGAAACGAGAGGGUAGUUUCGAAUACAAGGGCAUUAAAGUUAAGCUUCCCGUAAGAGCCCACAAGGAUGUUGGCACUUAUCGCUUUCGACGUGACGCAGAGGACUUGGAGACCGUUGGGGAUGAUAUGCGUUUGGUCAAAUUUGAUAAGAAGUAAUUCUAUGUCAAGGACCUUACUUUAUUUAUGUCGCAUAAAAAUUGUUCUCGGAAUUUUUCUAGUAAGUUUUCAAUCUUGAAUCUUAUUUUUGAUUCUGCGCUCAAUUUUUUGUCUGGUGUUUGUUAAAUUAAAUGCGAUUUUUGUGUGAUUUUUA